ACAAUGCAGCCUGACUCUCAAUAAAGAAAUAUAUAUUCAUGAGUUGCGUCCUCCCCGCUGAGUCGGAAGGACGUCAUAAUUAUCACUCUCCGUGUUUACAUGAGUUGCAGCCCCUAGUAGAGAUGCAGUCACGGAUAAACAGCCCACAUCCAGACCUGCUGCCAUUGACUGACCUAUCACAAAUUCACAAUAAACAUGAAUAGCCUGAACGUGUCGGUACUUGGACAUGGCUGCGAAAGGGGAGCCGGGCGUGCGGGACGGUUUCUUGGGGACAGUGCCUAGUGAUGAACAUGUCUUGCAGCACAUGAAGAAGCCAGUCCCUCUUGGGCUGAUGCAGAGUGAAUAUCAACACUGACACGAUGAGGGUUCUAGGCGGAUUGUAGCGGUGACAUAACAACGUUAAUACAGGCCUCGGCUACACCUACACUUGUCAGUACUCCCAAGAUCUUCCUGAGAGAGAGAGAGAGAGAGAGAGAGAGAGAGCAAUGAAGUUGAACUUCCCUGGAAAAAAAAAAAAAAAAAUGGUACCGUUGUAAACAAGGAAAACAAUGACUUUACUCCGGAUCUGAGUGAUCCUACCUGAACCCCUCCCGGGAGUCAACUUACUCCUGGCAGCUACCCUCCGCCUCAACUGUGCCUUCCUGAGAAAGACUGGCCAGCUACUGCGCCUGUGAUACCCACAUAGGACUGCCCCAGGGCUCACAAGGAAUAAGGAUCUCUAGAUUUUCGUGGUCCUAACAACAACAGUACCUGAACUCUGGUCUGCUUUGUGGAUUCCUCUCGUUUUUCAGCUCAAGGAUACACAUUGGGAGAGAACGAAAGAUGUUUACUAGAGAGAUAGACUUUGAAUCUGUGGGUCGAAGUCUUCAGCUGAAGCAAGAAGUGGAAGGAGAUGUUGGGUGUGUGGUGUGGGAUGCAGCCAUCGUCCUGGCAAAGUACUUGGAAGUUAGAGAAAAAGGUAAAAGAAAACUGCUAAAAGGUUCAAGUGUGGUUGAACUAGGAGCUGGAACUGGCUGUGUUGGUCUUGCUGCAGCUCUUUUAGGAGCCUCUCAAGUGACCUUAACAGACUUGCCUGAGCUGCUGCCAUUGCUGAAGAUCAAUUGUGCUGAGAACACACCAAUUCUUCAAGGUGUGGUAGAGGUGGAACAACUGACCUGGGGCAACACUCAUCAGAUAGAAGCCAUUAAAAUACCUGAUGUCAUCCUUCUGGCUGACUGUAUUUAUUAUGGGGAGUCCUUGGAGCCUCUUGUUUCUACUGUGAAAUUUUUAAGCAGCAGCACCACCACGGUCAUCAUGAGUUAUGAGAUACGCACUGAUGGAAACAAGCCAGAGUUGCAGAGAAAAUUUUUUGAAUUGAUGGAAGAAUACUUCACAAAAGAAAGAAUUCCUGAGCAAGAACAUCAUGAUACAUACAGAAGUGAAGAUAUUCUAUUGUAUGAGUUUAGAAAAAGAUAACAUUUAUACAAUUUAAAUAAAAAUUGUUCACAUGAAUUACUUGGCUCAGAUGUGAAACUUAGCCAAUAUUGUAAAAGGUAAUGGGAAAAAUUCUUGAAGUUUUAUUGAAUUUUGUUGGUUGGUCUUACACAUUUUUCUUGUGUUUGAAAGGAGACUAUAAUAGAAGAAUAAAUGAAGAUAGCAACAGGGGAGACAGUUGUGAAUAGACACUCGUGUGUAGCUAGCCAACAUCUUUGGAGCACUGGAUAUUCUGUUGAAAGAUCAAGUGAAUAUAAGUACUCAUCCAGACUGAUAGUAUCAACGAUUCUCUGGAUUAAACAAAGACAAAAGUUGUCUGUAUUUACUGUCCAAACAGCCACUCAGGAUGUUUUGUGAAUCAUUACUAUCCUUCAUUUUAAAGGAUCUGUUAACCUACUGACAGUUCUCCAUUCUGCAUGUUUUAGUCAAUUUGUCUAAGCUAACACCUGGAUCACUUACAGCCUUCAACAAAUGUUUAUUUUAUGUGGCACUUGGCAGAACAAACUUGGUGAAAAAUAAAAUUAGUGGUAACUGAGCAUUAACAAGUCUGAGCUGCCUACAUGACAUCACAGUGUUUUGCCUUCCUUUCAAAUUUCACCCUAUUAUUCAGUAUUCUUGUGGCUGCCCCCAGAAAAAAAUACCAAAUUAUUUUGCUAAUGUCUCAUGAUUUUCCACCUGGAUGACUAGUUUUAUAUAUACUUUUUAUACAUAUUACAGGCAAGGUAGAGCAGUUAACACCUGAUACUGUUUCACUAUUAAACAGACCAAGGACAUGUUGAAGUAAAUGAUUGCACUGAGAUGGUUUACAGAUUAGUUUCAGAAUGUAAUGAGAUGAAAGGAUUUAUUCAUUUUCUCUGAAUGUCUGUUUUAAUGGAAUUUUGCUUUUCAUUGGUUGGUUCAUAAGAGAGUGGGAAACAGGCAGUCACCCAGAUUGACUAUGCUCUGCAUCUUGAAAACCUCCAUACUGUACUGUACCUUGUGAUGAGAUGAGUUCACUGCCAGUCAUCUGAAGAACUUUUGUACCAUUCCUAAUCUGAAAAGAAUAAAACCAUAAAUACUAGUUAUCUUGUCUUCAUAACUUUUGUGAAAAUUUUCAUAAUAUUACUGUACUGUAUUAUUAACAUAAUUCCAAAUAGUUGUAUAUGAAAUGUUUAAACAAAAUUAUAUCUAUUUAAAUAUACUAACCUGCAAGCCAUAUAGAAGGAUAUUCAUAUGUGGAAGAUAAAUAAAAUGUAAAAGCAUAUAAAACCUAAACUUAUCAAUAUUAAUAACAAAAGUUUCUUUUUACAUAAAAUUUAUUAAAUGCUGUGCUUAAAGCAACAUUGUUAACAUAUACAUAUCUUUAUACAAACUGUAUAAACUAUCUUAAGACUAUUAAAAGUAACUUAUGAACAAAAUCAUUAAAAAAUGGUGGAUACUGAAUAUUCCUUAUUGGUAAAACAAUGAAUUACAUUAUGCAUGGAAAAUUUACUUUGAGAAUUUGGUCAAUGCACAACAAAUCUGAACGACGCUUGAUGGAUGUAUGUAGUAAAGAAUAUGGAAAUAGUACACACUACUAGUUUACUCUAAAAACUGUUUUAAAAGAAAACACUUUAAUGCAAUUGAAAGCCCAAAGCUGUAUCCAAUGCAAAGCUAUACCAAAAAUGUAAAAAAGCAGACACGUAUACAUUUCACUGUAAGCUUAUUUAACAGUAUGUUUCUUACAAGUGGAAGUGAUCCUACUUUAUCUAUGUGCACAUACAGAUAUAUUUAUCUAAAAAAUGUACUAUACUUUUUACUUAUUAUUGAGAUGAUACUCGUAUAUCUAUCUUUGGCAACUGUACCAUGUAUAACUAGAAUUUUUAAUAAAGUAACAUUCUGAA